UUUUUGUGGGGGUGGCGGGAAUGGGCUUCCAUAACUGCGUCUACUAGCGGUAGGCGAGUGAAGAAAUGAAAGCGAAGCAGUCUCGAAAUGGAUGCAGCCUACCAAACUCACUGACAAUGUUGAGAUUUGAUUUUGGCACGAAGAUUGCGCCAAAUCGCUCAUAUGGAUUGGCAACAUUUUCCUUGGAAUAGAGAAAUUAAGUGUCGAAAUGUCCAUGGAAGACAGAGGUGGUCUGCAAAAGCCCAGAGAAAUAGAGACAAACUGAUUUAAUACAUUUCCAACCAUGGAAAGCGAUAAUGGUGCCGUGAGAGAAGGUGUGUUGGUACCUGUGCUACCAGGUUCUAAAAAGUUCGACAACAGCAUUCGGCCUCCACUGCAAAACUCGUACAUGUACAAGGAGUCUAAGCAGUCUUUCAGAUACAACUCUGCUUUCUUGAUAAACAAUGCUACUCUGCAGGAACGGUAUGAGGCUUUCCGAACAAAGAGGAGAGACAUGGGAUACACAGAGGAAGAAAUGGAGGAGUCCUAUGGCUUCUUGCUGUUUGACGACGAAAAUAAGGCAAAUAGAGUGGGAGAAACUGGUGUUGUCCCUGGACACAGCACAUGUACCACACUUGGAGAUCCUUCAAAGGGUGUGUACGUGUCCAAGUACUCGGACUGCCUGGACUUAAACCGCUGGUACCACGGGAAGUCUGGAUACAUCGCCAUCAUCAGGCUCACCAAGGGCAGGGUCAGAGAGGUGACUGAGAACUACACAGUAAACUACACCUCUCCCUCUAAUGGGUUUGACUGUCAUGUAUCAGAGCAGCUCAGUUCUGUGUCAGCCAACACCAGCUCCUUCCUGGCCUUCGAGAGAACACAGUACUACAUGUAUGAGCUGCCUGUUGGAGGGGCAGUCCAGCCUCCCAGCCAUGUCUGCCCAUUUGCUAUCGUGGCUUUCUCCUAUUGGGAUACCAAGACACCCGCAUCAGAGGAGAAGGAGAAAAGUGAGGAAGAAAAAACAGUCUUUCACUACUAUCCGUGGAGGGGCCAGCUCCAAAUCAGCUCUCAGAUCUACCAUGUGGGUCUGAAGUCCAGCACAGGACCCCUAAUCCCAGCUAAACUUCCAACAAUGAUGUCAGUUGACGGAGCAAUUCAAAUGUCCGAUCUGAGGCAGAAAUUACCGAAGGCUAUAUUUGAAACCUGUUUCUCCGGUGAAGUGUCUCUGGAAGGAAUGGGUUGCAGUCUGUAUGAGCUUUCACCCAGUGAGGCUGAAGACACCUCUCUCUCUCAGCUCACACAGGGCCUCAAGGAGAAAGACCUGGCCCUCACAAUACAACUGAAUGAUAAUGGUUUUCUUAUACUGUUGCAUUCAUCUCACUUCCUCACAUAUGAAGAUACUGGGUCCAGUAAGCCAGAGGUAUUGCAGGGGAUGUUUGUGUUUCCAGACUCCAGAGCUAUACAUAGAGACACCAAGGUCUGCUGGAAGAAGCCCUUCCUCUCACCAGAGUGCCUCCAAGUGGUGCCUGCACUGAACUACGCAGAGACAGAGGUGGAAAAGUGCCUCCCUUCACCAAGCGGGGAGCUACGUGGUUUACUAGAGCAGCAUAUCCAGAGCUACGCUUCCCUCAUCCACCCUGGGCUUACCAUCAGUCCAUCCAGGGAGGCCAGCAUCUUCCCAGAUCAGUUUGAUGUUCCGGACGCCCUCAAAUACCUAUACUCCGCCCCCAAGUGGACUGAGAUGGGAUGGAAACGUCUCAAAUCUUAUUUCCACCAGCCGGGCUCCUUUGAGCUGUCGGUGUCCAGAGCCACGGAGCUUUUGGUGGCAGGGCGAGAGGAGCGAGGAGAUGAGCCGGAUGAUGAUGUCUACUACUGUCUGUCAUCUCCAGAGGGGUCCCCCAUGAGUCCUGCUAGUCUGGGUGGCCCAGAGGAGCAGCAGUCAGGGGGAAAGUCCCCAGGAGACACAGCUGACACAGCAGCAGACUUUAGUAAAGCACUUGCAGUGUCAAUGGAGGACUUUGAGAAACCUGGUAAGACUAUGGAAGACAGUAAUGCACCAGACAAAGCAGUAAAGGAAGGGAAUAACUUGCUUUUGAAGGAAGUGCAAGAAAGGUUGCCCUCUGAUCUUAGCAAGCCUCUAAUCCCUGCAGAGGAUUUUGUGAAACCUGGCUUGAACAAGGCACACAGUAAAGCACCAGGGACAACUUUGCCUCCAAAAGAGGUGCAGGAGGAGCUCACCUCUGAUCUUUCUCAGCCUUCUGUGUCGGCAGAUGACUCUGAAAAACCUGGGAAGACCAAGGCUGACUGUAAUGCACCAGGGGUAAGAACAGAGGAUGAAGGGACAAGUUUGAUCCCAGAGGAGGUUGAAGUUGAUGUACAAGAAAAGGUGCAUUCUGAUCUUUUAGAGCCUGCAGUUUCUGCAGAGGACUUGAGGAAAGCUGACCUGGCAGCAAUGGGCAAGGCAGACUGCAACGUACCAGAGGUAGGAGUAGCGAAGGAAGAGACUAACUUAUACCUGAAGGAGGUGCAAAAGGAUAUGCCCUCUGGUGUUUCACAGCCUCCAGUCUCUGCAGAGGUCUUGAGGAAAGCUGACCUGGCAGCAUUGGGCAAGGCAGACUGCAAGGCACCAGAGGUAGGAGUAGCGAAGGAAGAGACUAACUUAUACCUGAAGGAGGUGCAAAAGGAUAUGCCCUCUGGUGUUUCACAGCCUCCAGUCUCUGCAGAGGUCUUGAGGAAAGCUGACCUGGCAGCAUUGGGCAAGGCAGACUGCAAGGCACCAGAGGUAGGAGUAGCGAAGGAAGAGACUAACUUAUACCUGAAGGAGGUGCAAAAGGAUAUGCCCUCUGGUGUUUCACAGCCUCCAGUCUCUGCAGAGGUCUUGAGGAAAGCUGACCUGGCAGCAUUGGGCAAGGCAGACUGCAAGGCACCAGAGGUAGGAGUAGCGAAGGAAGAGACUAACUUAUACCUGAAGGAGGUGCAAAAGGAUAUGCCCUCUGGUGUUUCACAGCCUCCAGUCUCUGCAGAGGUCUUGAGGAAACCUAGUCCGGCCCUGGCGACCAAGCCCAACAGCAAGGCACCAGAGGCAGGCGUAGAGGAUAAUAUGAAAACUUUGCCUCAGAAGGAGGUGCAAGAGGAGGUUCCCUCUGAUCUUUCCCAGCUUGCAGUGUCGGCAAAGGCUUUUGGGAUAGCCAGUAUGAGAGUGAUGAAAAAGGCUACAGAGGUGACAGAGGUUUCAACCUCACCUGCAUCAGGUAACCUCCCAACAGUGUUAGUCAUCACUGCCACUGAAAGAACUGCAACCGUUUUACCUCACAAUGAGUCCACCACAAAUAACUCCUCCAGUUUACCUUGCGCCAAAGUACAGGAUAAGGGCGGGAGUGCUCUCAAUGGACAACGUGGCAAGGCCAAUCAGCCUUCAAAACCCACAGAGGUCAGUCAUUCCUCUAUAUCCGAUUGGAGGAAACGGCCAAGGAAACGUCAUAGAUUUAGCGGAUUGUGUAAAAGGAUCUUGAGGUCUACAGUGGCUGACUUUGAAGAGAAAGAAAAAGAGGACAUGGAAAGUAUGGAUUCAAGUGAAGUCCACCUAUUGAAAAAGAGGAAGGAAAUGAUGGAUUUAAUUAAAGUUAACCCAUUGCAAAAGGAGGAAAGGAUGGAUGUAACCCAAGUUCACCCAUUGAAAAUGCCAAGAGAACUGAUGAAUUUGAUCCAAGAUCCCCCAUUGAAAAAGAAGGAAAGGAUGGAUGUAACCCAAGUUCACCCAUUGAAAAUGCCAAGAGAACUGAUGAAUUUGAUCCAAGAUCCCCCAUUGAAAAAGAAGGAAAAGAUGGAUGUAACCCAAGUUCACCCAUUGAAAAUGCCAAGAGAAUUGAUGAAUUUGAUCCAAGAUCCCCCAUUGAAAAAGAAGGAAAAGAUGGAUGUAACCCAAGUUCACCCAUUGAAAAUGCCAAGAGAAUUGAUGAAUUUGAUCCAAGAUCCCCCAUUGAAAAUGAAAAGCAAGGAUUUAAUCCACUAUCACCCAUUGAGAAAUAAAGAAAGUAUGGAUUUGAUUCAUGACGACCAUCCUUUGAAAAAGAAGACCGAACGAUGGGACUUGAAGGCAAUCAUCUCCGAAUGUGGUAGAAUUUUUGUCCCUCACGGUUCAGAAGUUAUCGCCAAGGAUAUAGAAUCUUUGAAAGUUAAGGGGAAAGUGUUAGAUCACAAACAAUGUGCUGACGAGAUGAUGGUUGAAGCUUGUAUCAAAGUCCCCCAACCCAUAGAAACAGGAAAUGGACCUAACCUAGAGUUGAACACGUCAGAUGAGAACAAAGAUUUGCCCAUAGGGAUGUUAGACAGUAAAGACAGUCUGCAUGAGGUCAAAAUGGCUGAUGUAGGCAAGAUGGCCUCUCUGAAUCCCUCAGAACUGCUCCUGAACAAAGACACGGAUUCUCCUUCCUCAGGAAAACACAAAAAGAAGCGUCAAUAUGUCGCAAUAUCCCUCAGUCAACUAAAGACAGUCCUUUCAAGAGGGGGAAAGAGAAAUAAACCCAUCAAUCCUGCUCCAGAAGAUCAAACAUCACCUGUGAACAAGAAAAGCAAGGCUGAUACUCCUGGCAUGGAUGAAAUGGAAAAUGUUAAUAUCAACAAAGCCAACCCAGACAGAACCACAGGUGCUGUUGAAGUUGCAAAGGAACAGACAUUUGGCCUAGACCCAAAGUUUGCACUAGUAUUAGGCUUGACUCCUACGGAGUUGAAUAAUGAUGCACACAAAUCUCCAGAAAAAAGUGAUAUUCCAUUAAAGAAAGACAUUCAGAGCAGACUGGACCUGGUCCCACCUCAAGCCACAUCUGACCAAACGUCUGAGGCUUUGCCUAGCUCACCUUCAACAACAGUCAUCUUGGCGAGUCAGAGGAGACCAUUCAAAAAGAAACACGAGCACGCAGACUCCAUUAGGAAAAAAUGGUGGUUGCAUUAUCGCUCACCAGCUGCUUUAGAAAGGGAGACAGUAGCUAUAUCCUCCCAACUAGUGACACUUGACCCGGAUGUCAGCCGUGUUGUCAGUAGGGGUAGGCCCUGCGAAGGUGCCAGCGCUGUAUCGUGCCCACCUGCAGAGUCUCUGACCCUUUUGGCCGAUUUGGCUCGCAGUACCAGUAAUGACAAGGUACUGGAACAACAGUCAGACCCAAAGGCUCUUGAGAAACAAGAUGACCACCCAAGUUUGGUGAUAAGUGACAACAGUGUCAAAGAUGGCAUCUCUCCUCAUGAUCCAGAUGGUGAGCCAGAGUUUGUCCUUCCUGCUCUGCUGAAGCACCCUUCUGCUGCUAGGCUUAAACUCCCCCCUCAGUCUCCGUCACCCAAGGGGCUGGUGGUGGGGAGUGGGGAGCGGGUUGUGUUAGUCUCACAAGAGCAUUCAUACUCACUGCCGCCAUCCUCUCUACUAUUGGGUUUGUCAGGUUCAAUCGUUCAAGUCCCCAUUUCGGAGGGACUUCAGCAGCAUCGCAAGGAUAUCUUUGCUGACGGAACUCAAACACUACGGGCCUUCCUGUGUCAGCAGAAGGACCAGAACAGGAAGGAACCGGGAUUGGCUCGGGAAUCCCUGAGCAAAGGAAUCGGGUGCAGGCAGAAGUUCCAUCGCUUCCGGCGAUUCAUUGAAAAAGAUGGCUCAGUUCAAGUGACAAGGCUGUGGAAGGAAAACUAUAACUUUAAUUCAGACAGCAAGUUUACCAACGACCCUAAGGAUAAAACAGUUAUUAGAGCCCUACAUGGCCCAUGGGAUUUUGACAUUAAGGACACAAAGGAACAGGUUCAGCUCAUUAUCCACAUGUGGAUAGGUCUUUUCUACAGCAGGUCCACUGCGAGGUUCUGCCAGGCAGACUCAAGUCUAACAUGUUUGGAAAAAAAGGAUUCUAUAGAAGUGGCUCAUGGAAUGGUACCAGCCCAGGUUCCACCUGGGACCAAGACAAGUUCCCCUGCUUAUAUAGCCCUCUCCAGGAUACCAGAACCUGACGUUUUGGACCUUAGUAAAAUGGGUCAAAAAAAAGCACAACCAUUAAGCCUGGAAGCUGAGGUAUUGGACCUUUCAAUGAAAACAACCUCAACUGUGCUAGACUCUCUAGACACAGAGUCUAAGCGGAGAAUAGAUUUGAAAAAUCAUCCAUCAUACCUAUCAGCAACUGGCCUGCACAAGGAAACCAUCUCUUGUCCAAAACAAAGUACAGGUGUUGAGUUAAAGGUUUACAGAGACCGUGUGGACAGCAUGAUGUCAGAAAAAUCAAGUGACCUGGGUGAUGAUGAAGACUAUGAAACCAACAACCAUGAGAAUGACAGUAAGGGUACCCUCCAAAAUGGUGUGUCCCCUUACGAAAGAACUUUGGAAAGUGAUCGAUCGUACAUACUUUUGUGUGAACAGGCAGCAAGUGUGUACAUUCAUCAAGAAAAGCUCCUGGAGACUCAAACUGCUCAGGUUUUGGAAGGCAACAACAAAAAGCUGGAGACUCAAACUGCUCAGGUUUUGGAAGGCAACAACAAAAAGCUCCUGGAGACUCAAACUGCUCAGGUUUUGGAAGGCAACAACAAAAAGCUGGAGACUCAAACUGCUCAGGUUUUGGAAGGCAACCACAAAAAGCUCCUGGAGACUCAAACUGCUCAGGUUUUGGAAGGCAACAACAAAAAGCUCCUGGAGACUCAAACUGCUCAGGUUUUGGAAGGCAACCACAAAAAGCUGGAGACUCAAACUGCUCAGGUUUUGGAAGGCAACCACAAAAAGCUCCUCCAAAAGGAGGAGGAGAUGACGGGUGAUGGAGAACCACACGCAGUGUGUCUUAAAACCAUGGGCUCUAAGGAUGUCAAUAAGGAGCAACAACUUAAAGAUAACGAUUCAGUCAAAACAAUGCCAUGCACAGAAGUGCAGAUGGAUGGUGAUGCUGCCAAAAUGGCUGACACAGUUGAGCGUAAUGCAAAUGAAGCCAGAGAUGGGGCUCACGUUGUCAUUUGUGAUGGCAGUGAGUCAAAAGAGGAGAUGCACAAAGUAGAUCACAACAUGAAGGAUUCUGUUGAAGCAGCAAAACCAGAAGCAGUGUAUGCUAAGAAAGAUACCACAAACAAGAAAAUCACUAAAGCACAAACUGCUGUGCAUGUUGGGAAGGAUUUCAUUGAUAACGAUAAGGCACUCAAAGCAGUGCACAGUGAAAAUGUUCCCAGAGAUCAUGGAAACACCAAAGACCAGGUGCAAACUGCAAUGCAGGAUGGGAAUGAUACUAGGGAUGAGACCCUACCAGUGGUGAUUUGUGGAGAAGAUUCAGGAGAUAAAACACCACCUGUGGUGUGUGAUGGGAAUACGUCUGUGGCUGAGACACUACCAGAGAUAUCACAUACUGAAAAUGAUUCCCAAAAAGCAACACUGGCAGUGUUGCAUGGUGGAAAUGAUCUGAGAGAUACGACACUACCUGUGAAAUGUAAUGGCAAGCUGUACAUAGACGUAGAACCCACUGUAGUGCAUGAUAUAAAUGGUUCCACGGAUGAGGAACUACCAAUGGGGCAGGGUGGAGAUGUUUCUGCUGGGACUAGCAGAGUACUGCCAGAGAUGCAUGGUGAGAUUAAAUGUAAAGAUGUACUGCCCACGCAAGUAUUUCCAGUAUGCGAUGGGAACAUGCCUUUUGUAGGCGAGUUUGACACACUCAUUCAGCCCAAUAAUGUUUUAGGAGUGGCUAAACAUGAAAUAAAUGAGGCUGAUGUACAAACUAAAGAACAGGAAAAAGAAUUGAUGCAGGGUCAGAGUAAAUCUGAUGAUGUCACAACUCAAAGUUCCACAACAUUCCCGCCAGGGUCCCAACAUUCUCAAGACGAGACAUUAGAAAGAUUGACAGGUCAGGUAGAAAUACCACUGAUUCCCAGGGAAGACAUCGCACACACAGAUGUUCUACAUUCAAUAGGUGAGGCAUCAGAGAUGGCGCAAGGUCAGGUAGAAAUUCCAUUUAUUGGAGUAGAAAUACCAUUUAUUGGAGUAGAGAAGUAUAGCCAGGAUAUCAAUCACACAGAGGUGCAUGAUUCUCCCCCAAGUCAGAAAGAGACACUGAUCACAGUCUGUGAUAGUGCUAAUGUGUUAUCAGGUGAACUGCUAGCAAAAAUAUUUUCAAAGGGAACAGAAUCUGUCAGUCGAUGCCCAACUGUGGAUGAGGUGCUGUAUGGUUACAUCCCCAUUCCUGACAUCUGCAGUGCCUCCUUGGCCAUCUGUGAUGCCGAUGGGGUCAGCAAACCCCUCAGCACUGGGGAAGGUUACAGCAGAUGCCCAACUCCUACAGAAGACGAGCCACCUUUCGUUCCAGGAAUUUCUUAUGACCAUCACACACCAAACACUGUUUUGUUGCCCAAUGCGAAAGACACCAACAGUCCCAACCUCGAUAGUGGUCUUGCGCUCAUUGAAAAUGAAAAGGAUCAUCAUGAACCAAGUCUUAGUCUCUAUAAAGUUAGGGCUGCUACUGGGUUGCACAAUCUGCAUAAAUCCAGCAACAAUAACAAACCAAAUCAUCUGGAAGCCAUUGAUAAUCGGUUCUCUCAAGUAUUGGCUGAUCCUCGCAAGAACCCAAUCGCCACUAGCACACCUCUCAACACUCCCUCAUCUUCUUUAAAGGAAAGAAGCGAUUACGAUCCAUAUUCAAAUACGCGACUUGCCGCUGUUGAACCAGACCUGCAUGCUCAUUCAAAUCGCCAUUCGCUGCAUAGUUUCUCUUACUCGUUUCCCAACACCCACUGUUCCUUAACAGAGAAAGCUGCCUUCUCUGUGCCAUCAAUCCACCCGGAAGUCCUGUCCAAUGAAACAACAUUAACUGGGAACUUUAGUGAAAUUGCUUUAGAAAGAGAGACUUGCUUGCGUCCUGCCUUAAGUGAGCUCAUCCUACAGUCCACCCGUCUGAGUAUUCCAGUGGGCAGUGGACCUACAGCAGCUUCUCAGAACCUUUCAGUGCACAGUUUUACUCAGCCCCAGCCAAACAGCCAGAAACCUGCAAUGGUUGUGAAUGUCUCCAAGAGUGAGGACAGCAGAGGACAGUACAACUGGGAAGAAGGACAAACAGAUAUUGACCCUAUGUCUUCAGAUGUCCUAAAAAGCAAACAAACCGAUACCCCUGUCCGCUCAAACACUAAUGCUCACCCUUAUAACACACAGUAUGCCACAGAGAUGAGACAGAUUGCAGUUUUGCAAGAUUAUGAGGAUGUUAUGGCUGAUGAGGAUGUUAUGGGUGAUGAUGAGGAUGUUAUGGGUGAAAAUGAGGCACCUUCUGUAGAUAAAGACAACAUUGAAUCCAGUUUAGAGAACAAUUGGAUAUCAGAUGACAAACAUUUAAGAAGCAAAUUCCGGUUAAAUAAAACAAGACUUGACUUCAUCAACUCUUUACGCCAGUCUCAGGAAUGGGAGCAAAGGAAAUUUGAUGGGGUUUUGGACUUCAACAAGCAAGGCACUUCCUCGUCAGUCACCAUCCAGUCUGAAGAAUCAGACAAACUACUUUCCCACAUGGAAGAGAACCAACAGGAGUGGUUAAAGUAUUGUAGGGCUAAGAGGAGUGGCAGCCAGAUGGAUAUGACCAAGGAAGAAGACUCCUCAGUGGCAAAGCCACGCUUAGUUACCGUUUUGGAUCACAAAGGAAACAGAAUCACCUAUGAAAACUAUCCCGUUUUAAAACCUACAGCAAGCAUGCACACACGGACAGUUCCUGAAUCGAACAGACAGGGCUUGAGCAGUUUUCUGGAGUUCUCCAAGAGGUGGGAUGAUACACAUAACGCUGAUGAAUCUGAUCUUACUCAGUCAUCUAUGGAUCUGGAGACCCUCAUCUUCUCAGAGAGAAUGAACCAGAUGCUAAAACGUAAGAGUAGUAGCAGCAGCAGGUACAUCCGAUCGAGACACCGCAGGUCAAACGUAGAAGAAAGAGCUUCCACCAGUAGCCCGGCUGUGACAGUGCACUUUUCCAGUCUACAGGAGGAUCAGGACGGCUCCAAGGAGCACUGGGAGCAGAUACCAUCACUUGCAGGACAAAAGAUCAGAGUGGAGAUGCCUGAAAGGAUGGCUAUGCCUGAAGAAACAGAUGGAGAACCUCAGCAUCUUAAGAAACUUUCGUGUACAAAGGGCAGUGAGAUGACCCAUGUAAAAGUUUCAGAUCUGGUUGUGGAUAGUUUCAGGGUGUACCAUACUAUGAUGACUGAGGUCUGUGCAGGCAAAAAAUACCCAUCCAGAACUGAGAGACUCAAGAGAGAAGACGCAAAGAGAAACAGUUCGCCAAAGUCUCGAGCUCCAUGCAAAGACAAAGACUUCUGUGGACAGAUGAAGGAGGACAUGUAUGACAGCCUGCAUGAUAAUCUGAACUCUGUUGUGAGACAGUCAUGUAAGAACAAGUUCAGGUUCUACAUACUGGUGACAUCAUCUGACCCAUUCUUCAGAGAGACGAAGGAGCUGUUAGAAGCAGAGGGCCACAUUGCGGUAGAACAGUCUCAAUUCUGCCUUGGAAAGGAUAGUCCAUUGUGCCCUCUACACAUCAUCUUAAGGAACGAAGAUAUUGCUGAACACAUUUGUGAGGUCCCUCACUUGCUUGAGUUGAAGAAGUCUCAGAAUGUGUUGUUUGCUGGUAUUGACCGUCCUGAUGACAUCGUGAACCUGACCCACCAAGAACUCUUCAGCAAAGGCGGUUUCGUGGUGUUUGAGGGAGCAGCUCUGCACACACUCAGUCUCAGCAACAUGAAGAAAAUGUCUGGUUUCCUGGAGGGAUUGAGUAAAAAAGGGAAGUGGAAAUGGCUCUUGCACUACAGAGACAGCCGGAAGCUGAAAGAGAAUGCACGGUCUAGUGCGGAAGCACAGGGCAAAAAAAUCUUCAUGGACAUCUGCCAGGAGGCUGGAAUGGUGGAGGUCUUACCUUACCAUGAAUGUGACGUCAUUUCAAGGGAACGACCCAACUACCUCCACUGUCUAGUUCGCCUACAGGUCCAGAAUGUAUCGGCUCGUUUACCUGUAUUUAUAACUGACACAACGGCAGACAAAGCGUUUGCAAAACAUGGGAUCUUCACAAUGAAUAUAAACUCUUUCCUGCUGAUUUCUCAGAGUGACACAUGCACUAUUUCUUAAGCUGAUGGGGAAGCUGUCCACAGAAGUCCUCAGUACAUCAAAAUGCAAUAGCAUUCUAUUUAUAAAGCCCUUGUUUUAGUUGUCAGAAAGUUGUCAAAGUGAUUUAAAUUAACCCAACCAAGAGGCCAAUGAGCAGCGGCAAAGAGAUACUCUAAGGAAACCUUCAAACCUCCAGAGGAACCACUCAGAAGGGGGAGGCCCCUUUAAGAAAUAAACAUUUCUAUUCCAAAAUCAACUUUGUGGAAUUCUUGGGAGUUCUCUCAGAAAUGUAGUACAUACUGACGAUCUAACCCAGAUCUAAAUCAUUGUAGUGUAAUAAUAAAAUAAAAAAACUUUUAAAAAGUUGUUUAUAUCAAGGCUAAGAACAUAUACUUAGAUCAACGUUUUGGUUCCUUUGUGUAAAUUGCCUUUAAUUUCAUGUAGAUAUAUUUAUUCGUAAUAUAUAUAUUUUUUUAUAACAGGUAGAUUGUGUAUAGAAUAACAUCUGCUUCGGCAUUAUAUUUCUUCAAUUGUGUAUUUAUAUGUAUGUUUGUAAAGACAUUUAUUGUACUUUUGCGAUAUAAAGAAAUUGAAGUAGUG